AAAUUACAUUAAUGUCCUCAUUUGUUCAAAACUUGAGAAAAUUGAUUGUAUGGUCCUGUAAUAAUUUGGAAUAUCUCUUCACAUCAUCGAUGGUUGAAAGUUUCAAGCAACUUGAAGCACUCGAGAUUUCGAGAUGUAAGGAGAUGCAAGUGGUAAUACUAAUAGAAGAAUUGGUAGAAAAAGAAAAGACAAGCCAGACAAUGUUUCCCAAACUAGACAACUUACAGCUCGUUGACCUUCAGCAACUCAUAAGAUUUUGCUCCAAUUGCAUUUCUUUUGGAGAAGUAUAUGAAGCUCAAGAAUUCAGUGGUAGUGGAUCACAAGUAGUUGCAGCCGCACAAUCAAAGUUGGUCGAAACAGAUGUCACUCGGCUUGUAUUUCCUCGAGUAACAUACCUGGAACUUCGUCGUCUACCCAAUUUCAAGGGUUUCUUCCCUAAAAUCCACAUCACAAAAUGGCCAUUGUUGAAAAGAAUGCUUGUGGAACAAUGUGACAAGGUGAAGACAUUUGCUUCAGAAUUUCCAAGCAUUGAAAUAACAUUUGGAGACAACCAACUUGAAAGGCAAACUCAAGAUCCUAUGUUUUGGAUUGGCAAGGAUUGUCUAAAGAUGGUUAGAUUCAGUUUUAAAUUUUCAAGUGAGCAAGAGAAAGAGACAACUGAUGGAAGACGUGAGGAAUUGCUUGUCAAGAAAGAACCUAAUAUCUUCAUUGAGGUUUUCUUUUGUGAUGAGGUUGAGAUUCCUAACUUGGAGAAGUUGACUCUAUCCUCAAUCAAUACAAAGCAAAUUUGGAACAGUCAUCUUUCAUCAAUAUCUUCAUUUGCUCAAAAUUUAACAAAGUUGAAGGUGGUCAACUGUUCCAAUUUAAAGUAUCUGUUUACAUUCUCAAUGGUUAAAAGUUUUGCACAACUUGAAGAACUUGGGGUUAGUGGAUGUGAGAUGAUGGAAGUGGUAAUAUUGACAGAAGGGACAGUGGAAGAAGAAAAGAUUUGCCAGACGGUGUUCCCCAAACUAGAGACCUUGAUACUUAAUGACCUACCCCAACUUGCAACAUUUUGCUCCAAUUGUGAUUCUCUAGGAAAAAUUUCUGACUCUGAAAGAGUCAAUUUUGAUACCAGAUCACAAAAACUGCUAGCCACGCAAUCGACUUUGGUGGAAACAGAGGCCACCGAGCUUGUAUUUUCUCAAGUGACGGAGCUGAUACUUAGACUCUUACCGAAAUUCAAGAGUUUCUUCCCUCAAACGCACAUCACAGAAUGGCCAUCAUUGGAACUUUUAGUUGUGAUCGACUGUCAUGGAGCACAAAUAGUUGCUUCAAGAACUGAGAUGACACAUAAAGACAGCCAACUUGAAAGGGAAUCUCAACAUCUCAUGUUUUGGAUUAGCAAGGCUACAUUUCCUAGUCUAGAACGCCUGGUUGUGAAAUGGAAUGACAACAUGAAGAUACAGUGUGGACAUCAUCCAGAGGAGUAUUUUGAGUGCCUAAUCAAUAUUUUGAAGAAAGCAUUGGUCAUUAUUCUAAAAAAAAUAAUGCUAAUGGUGCUGAAUAUAGAUGUUGCAGUCUAUAUUUUAUCUCUUAUAAUCAUCUAUAUGUACUGAUGAAGAUUUUUUUUUCCUUGUAGGUUUUCAUGGUGCACUCACAAGAAGCUAGAUUUUUGUGUUCCCACAUUGCUUUGGCAUUGUAAAGAAUCUUUCAAUUUUUAAAAUUUGUGUGUGACAUGAUUAUCAAGUAGUUAAUUGUGAAAAUCACUAGAGACCAUUUCAUUUUAUUUUUCAUGUUGUGCUAGUUUUUAUUGUGUGAAAGAGAGCAAUUGAAUUUGUUGUGCAUCUUUAUUCGAAAAAGAGAUGUGAUUUGUGAAUUAAUUAUGUCUGUCCAU